AUGGCAGAUCACAACGAAUCUCAACUUAAUUCAACGCCUUAUUUUGAUCCAGAAAAACACCCGAAAGACACUCUAAAGGCUUUCACGCAAUUUGUCAUAUGCUUUGAACUACGUUAUGAUGCCCAAUAUCCGGAUCCACCAAAAGUUUCCCUGGAUGCUGCAUUAGAACGAUGGAAGAUACAAAACACUACCGCAGAAGAUAGAGAUCCCAAACCUAAUAUUCUCCAAUAUGACACUGUUAGAAAUGCAUGGCGUAGCCGAGAUCGUGUGGCUAAGCUUCUCGGUAUGUUUACUUCCAACAGAUUCUACGCUGAUUGGCUGAUAACUGAACCUGACGAACAGAUCCGUAAAGAUAUCGACUGGGACGACUUUCUAACCAAAAUGCGACGAUUUUAUAAAGGAUCUGAUAAUGAGACUGUCCAAAAUUUCCAUUUUAGAGAUAUUUCACAAGAACCUGAUGAAACAUUCCCAGGCUUUUGUAACAAAGUUAAGAGAGAAGCUAAACAUUGUGCUUUCAAAUGUGACAGUCCUACAUUUACAGCGGAGUCUACAGCCAUCAGAGAUCAGAUAAUUAUUGGAACAUCUAACAACAAUAUCAGGGAAGAAGCUCUUCUUAGAGAUUGGAAUCUAACAUAUUUAUGCCAAAAAGGAAUGGCAAUGGAGAGUGCUGCUAGAGGUGGUAUCGAAAUUGCAGACACUGGUGCAUGUGUAAGUGUGUGUGGAACAUCACAAGCUAAACGAUGGAAUCUUCUCGAUAAAUUGGUAUCCUCCAAAGUACGCAUAAAACCUUAUAUGAGUAACCCUAUCUCUGUGCAUGGAACUGCUAUUUGUUCCGUCACUUUUGGAUCUAUUUCUGUACCUGUUGAGUGGCAGGUUAUUUCUGGUUUCUGUGAACCAAUUUUAUCUGGCGACAAAGCUUUACAACUUGGAAUCAUCAAUUUCAGUCCAAAAGCAGAAAUAUUUUUUCCUAUACAUAGCAUAGAUAAAACAACUGAUGACGUCUCAAAAAUUUCAUUACAAAAGAUACUUACCCACUAUCCAGAAAAUUUCACUGGGUUGGGAAAAUUACGACACCACCAGGUAAAGCUGCAUUUUGAUGUUAACGUCAAACCUGUAAAUGUACCGCCAAGACCUGUAGCCUAUCACCUAAAAGAAUGUGUUCACUGUGCUAUCGAUGAAAUGAUCAAACAAGAUGUUAUAGAAGAACAUCCCUCAAACCAACCUGCCCCGUGGAUUUCUUGUGCUGUAAUUACACCAAAACCAUCUGGUGAAAUUUAG